AGAAGAUAUUAGACUGAACGUUAUUACUAUAUAUACAUAUAAUCGCUCCUUACAUUAUGGAUAGAACUUUUAAAGGUAAAAGAAUACUUGUAACGGGUGGUUCUCAAGGUAUCGGAUACGGAAUUGCUUUAGAAUUAUGGAGGCAAGGUGCUACUGUCGUCGCAAUGUCCAAUCAAGAGGAAAGCCUGCAAAAACUGCAUAAAGAAUACCCUACUAUUGAAGUAGCUUGUGUAGAUCUCCAUGAUUGGGCCAAAACCAAAGACGCUGUGGAGGCUCUAGGCGUUUUCGAUGGCCUCGUCAACAACGCCGGUGUCGCCAGAACCGAGUCAUUCUUGGAGUGCUCACCGGAAUACUUUGAUGAAACAAUUAGUGUGAAUACCAAGGCCGUGAUCAAUAUAAGCCAGAUUGUAGCCAAGAAAAUGAUACAAAAUAAAAUAAAAGGAUCGAUCGUGAAUAUUUCAUCUCAAGCAUCAAAGGCAGCUCUUAAAGAUCAUACAUCGUACUGCGCUUCGAAGGCUGCAGUGGAUUCAAUAACUCGUGUGAUGGCUUUGGAACUAGGUCCAUUUGGAAUUCGCACAAACACAGUUAAUCCGACUGUGAUUAUGACCGAGCUGGGUCGUAAAGUUUGGUCAGAACCCAACAAAAAGCGAGCUAUGCUGUCCAAAAUACCUCUAGGAAGGUUCGGCGAAGUAUCCGAUGUAGUCAAUACGGUUUUGUUCCUCCUGAGUGACCAAGCAAGCAUGAUUUCAGGUGCGCAUUUGCCCGUCGACGGUGGUUUUCUUGCUACAUAAAAUGUAGUGUUUAACGAAUAAAGCGAAAAAAAUACCUAAUUUUAUUUUAUUCAGUUUAUUGUGCCAAAUGAAUUAUACAUACUGGACAUAAGAAACAAUUGCAAGCAUAACAAUUUAUAUAUAAUGCGUAUUAUGCUAAGAUAGGCUAGCAUAGAUGUAAGUAUAAAGAGAAAAUAUACCACGUGAUAAGGUAAAUUAAAUAUAACACAAUGAUACUUCUAGAACUAAAAAUUAGUCCAUUCUCUUUUUAAUAAAAAAUUACUCGCUUGGAGGGAGUAAAUAUUCUCAUAUACUUAAAUUUAGAAUUUUAAGAUAUCCAAUAAAAGCCCACGAUCUUUCACUAAUCCCUUAUCAUUCUACAACUACUAAUAUCGAUUCAUCCCCUGCGCGUCGCCUAUACGUGAACCGUACCACUCCACCUUCAAUGAGAAUUUAAUACUUCAAAGCGGGAAUAUCAUUUGGUACAUGACACGUAGCUACACACACUCGCCCCAAUCAAAAGGUAUGCGCAGAAUAACAGCAAAAUAAUCGAAUGACAUUAACACUACAACAGUUAUGUAUGUAUUUAUUUUCAUUACCUAGGAUAUUGUAAAAAACAGUGUGUCAGCUUAUCUAAAUCCUUACAAUUAUUAUAUACAAGAUCCAUAAAGUCUUUCGUCGAUUAGAGCGUACACUUACGCUAGAGCAAGCCACGACCAUUCCGCGUCAGAAGCUUUUAUCGAGAUAAAAUUAACGGCACUCAACACACUGGAGAUACGAAGAAACAGUCGACGCCGCGUGACUGUCGUGCA